AUGGACAGGAAGUUCAUCACUCAGAAAUAGUGUGUAAGAGCGCAGAAGUGUCACACACCCUGAGAGCAUCAACAUGUUUUUAAAACAGGUUACAAUUUGUCUUUUAUUUUUUACUUUAUUUUAUCUCCCGCAUACAGAUGCGGAGUCUAUCAGAGCAGAUGAAGGAGCAACUGUCCAUCUGCCCUGCCACUCUCCACCUGAUGACAGUGUACAAGUUUCUGUAGUGUGGACAAAACAUAGUGCAACUAACAAAACUAUCUGUGAAUGGUUUUCUAAUCAAAUUUUGGGAUCUUCCUCCGGUGAUUGCAUUCCUCAUUUUACAUUCAACAGAACGUCUUUUACACUAAGUAUAGAAAAUGUUCAGCUCAGUGACUCUGGUAAUUACAGCUGUAAAACAUCAAGAGUAAUUCCACCACCAACAUUUCACACCAUCUCAAAUGUGAUACUCCAAGUUGCAGAUCCCUCCACUGUAUUACAUCCAGGUCUGUCCCUGCAGCUCCUGAACAGCAGUAAUGACACCUGUGUUCAUCUGCUCUGCUCUCUGGAGAGUCUGAACCCUGAGCUGGUGAACUUCACCUGGAGCCGAGAGGGUCAAAGGUCACUUCAUACAUCCACAUCUUAUGACAUGAAGAGUGAACUGCGUCUGUGUAAACCUGACUGGAGUGAUGGAGACACGAUCACCUGCCACGCCAGCUGCUCAAGCGCUCAAACACCCCUCAGCAGGACCAUUACACUUGAUUUCAGCAAUGAGGAAUCUAGCCAGAAAUCUCCAGAGUUUUGUGUGGUCCUUUUCAGCACCUUCAUCAUCUGCAUCAUUUUCAUCUGGAUGUUCUUCUGCUUUUUCAAAUAUAAGAGUGUGACCUGCUGCAGUGGACCAUCAGCAUGAGAAAUUUAUUGUAUAAUUCUGUUUCUGUAGUUUUAUAUAUAUAUAUAUAUAUAUAUAUAUAUAUAUAUAUAUAUAUAUAUAUAUAUAUAUAUAUAUAUAUAUAUACACAGUAUCUCA